AUGGGUUGCUGUACGGGCCGGAAGGAAGAAUACUGGGGCCAUAUGCGAGCAGAGCAAAAAUGGGAAUACAUUAAUCUUCAAGAUUUCAAGUCGAAGACGUGUUUUGCCCAAUUUUCCUAUUUUAUUCUUUGGAUUUCCGUCUUUAUAUCUACUGCCGUUUAUGGCGUCGACAGCUUCACCGCUGUCAACUUGAUCGCAUUCAAUCGAUGGUCGACCGAGGCCCAACAGUUAAUCCCCCGUAACAUCUCAAAAUGGAUAUUCGCCGGAUGUAUCAUGCUGUCCUUCGUCUUCCUCAUCUACCGAUGGAUUCGUGCGGUCCGUGUCCUCAGACAAGGAGGCGUCGCUCAGAGCUAUCUUGACCCUCUGGCCGCCAGAGUGCAGAGUAUCCGCAUCGGGGAGAAGGGCCAGGGUUGGCGACGUUUCCUGGUGUUUUACGAACUUACCAAGAGCAAGAAGGGCGCUGAUUACGUUGCGCUUUUCACCUACUUCAAUUUUGAAUCGUGGAUGCGGACCGUUUUCGCCGAGGGCCCGCGCCAGUUUAUCAAUGGGACGAUCCUGUAUUCCGUCAUGGAAUCCGAUUUGAUCCUCCAAGGAAAGCACGCUGCCCCCGAAGGCACCUCCCCCAUCUCUCAAUUUUUCAGUAAUGUUGGAGCUCUGGCCGAAAAGGAUAAGCGGCAGGCGGUGAUUCUGUCAGCCAUGUUGUUUACCCUCGUGAUUUGGGUUUUCUCCAUCCUCAGUCUCUUCGUGUCGUGCAUCCUAUAUCUUCUUUUCCUGUGGCAUCAUAUCCCGAGCGAGGAUGGCUCCCUUACCGCCUAUUGUCGCCGCAAGAUCAACAGGCGGUUCGAACGAAUAGUCAAGGAGAAGGUCGACAAAGUACUCGCUAAGGAUGUUGUGUUGCAGGAUCGAGGGCCGUCAGACCCUGAACUCGGGACUAAUAGUAUCAAACGACAACCCACGCUCCCUGCCUUCCACAAACCAACCUCCGACAAUUUCCCAGAGAUGCCGCCGCCUCUUUCCCGCCAGACAACUGUGUCAACACUCCCGCCAUACUCUAACUCCUCAACAAGAAGCCCCGGCCCUCAGCGUCAACCCACGUUGCCUAGUUUGCGGCAGGACAACUCAGAUGGGAUUCCAGAAAUGCCAGGCCUCUCGCGUCAGAACACGCAAUAUUCCAGCUCUAUGACACCAGGGCCUACUUCUCGCCGUCAACCAAGCUUGCCAGACUUCAACUGGUCCGCCUAUGACGAUAUGGCUAUGGAUAGCAACAACCAUGGGUCUCGCGUUUCAGAUGACAACGUACCGUUGGUAAACAACGCCGCGGGAUUUAGUUUUGCCAACCAACACGAUGAUCGGGGCCCUCCAGUCUUACCACCAAUCGAAAGACAAGGGACACCGCCGUCGCUCAUGCAACCGUGGCUACCAAGGAUUCCCAGCACCCCCUGGUCCCCUGACUCCGGCACCUCGGACGCCUAUCCCACAGCCCCCCACCCGUGGAAUGACCCCGGGCCUGCCUCCAGUCCGCAAUUUUACUAG